CAAUAACCCAUCCCACCCUUCGACAACACAUCCGACGAAAAGGGAACAACAGCAUCCAUUGAACAAAACACCAGAAUCCCCCCAAGUGUGUGCGCUCGACGGCGUAACCUCACACACAACCUCCCCGUCGUCCCCAAUGUCGUCGACAGGAGCCCCCAAUGGCUCCAACGGGGACCACGCGCAAGCAGCUGCCUCACCCAGGCCAUCGACAGCUGCAUCGGGACCACCACAACCACAACCGCCCCCGGCCGCAACGACAGCUACCGCGGCAGACUCGUCAGCGACAUCGACCCCCGAGCUCGACGUUUCGAAGCUGCAGUCCCUCCCCGCCGAACAACAGGAGCUCUUCCUCCUGACCUUUGUCUCGACCCUCUCCAAGCACGUCCUCAGCCUCCCCGCCGACGACUGCACCGCCCAGCAGUUCUACCUCAAGAAAGAGAUCUUCCAGAUCAUCAAUCUUCCCUCGCCGCAGCCGAGCCGAGUCGUCAGAAACAACCUGGGAAAGUGCCUCGCCCACAUCUUUGGCCAUGGCGACAGGAAGCUCCUCUUUGAGACUAUCAAUGAUCUAAUUGGCAUCAUUUCGGGCGCCAAGUCCAAGGCCGAUGCUGGCCCGCGCACAAAGCACGCUGCUGUCGCGUGCCUGGGAGACGUCUAUGUGUCCGCCGGCGAUAGCGCCAUAGGCCUUCACCAGUUGGCCUGCGCCACGCUCAUCAAGCUGCUCAAGUCGUCGUCCAGCAAUGCAGGCCUCCGUGCUGCGGUCUUUGUGUCCCUGGCCAAGAUUGUGAAGAUGGUGGAGGGAAGCGUGGACGAGAACGUCGCCAGGGAUAUCUUUAAGCAGUCGCGCAGCUAUGGCACUAGCGACAAGGGCUCGCUCGUCAUCGUUUCGGCGUGCCGCUGCUUGAGAGCCCUGGUUCGGCACACACCGUACUUUGAGAACUCUAGCGACUUUGAGAAACUGCAGGCUGCUAUCUGGAAGGCCGUUGAUUCAUCGUCAUCGCAAGUGAGGCACGCAGCCGCGGAAGCGCUGGCCGAGGCCAUGGUGCGUGGGUACUCAGAGGCUGGAGUGGCGGAAGGCGCUCCCAUGACAUCAAAGGCGUCCAAGAGGUUUUCCAAAAAGCCCCUCAAGCGCACAGGUACAGCAGCCAGCAUUGUUGCGGACGAGGACGACCUGCCAACGUCGCGGCCUGGAAGCCCUGCCCCUGGUGGAAAGAGGACGCAGGAUCUUGCGCUGUCUCUGGCGGAGAUUGGCAAGAUACUAUCGACGCAGUAUGCCAAGAUGCCGACGUCCAACAGGGCGAGAGCCGCGAUUGGUGUCUGUUACGGCAAGGUGCUCAGAAAACUUGGCGAGAAGACUGUGGAGGCGAACUACCUCAGGAUCCUCGAAAGCUUGACGAUUGAUAUCUUGGGAGCGCCUAACAUUCUCAACAACCGCUACCGUCUUCUCAUCUCGAGGCGUAUCGUUGAUACAAUCCUUCAGGACAUCAUUGGAAAGAAGAUCCUGGGCGAAUCUGGUCAGACUGCGGCGGCAAAGUCGAUUAUCAAUGACAUUCUGAAAAACUAUCCCCAAGCCCUGACGGAGCGGCCCGAGCCGUCCAAGCAUACUCUUAUCGCCGCCCUCGGCGCUGUAGCGGCGCUCAUCAAUGACUUGGGAUCCGCUGCCAACAACUUUGCCGAGUCUUGCCGCGACGGCCUCUUGCAGGUUCUCCAGCACCCCAGCUACUCAGUCCAGGUGCAUGCAUCGGCAUGUAUGAAGGCCUUUGUUCUGGCUUGUCCACAGCAGCUCCUGCCCUGCUUGUCGGUUUGCAUGAACAGUUUGAGCAGAGAGCUGGCUCUGUUGACGAGUGGCCGAAAUUCUCCUCGACGAUGCGUAGGAUUCGCCCACGGCUUGGCGGCAACCCUAAGUGCCAGCCCCGCGCGACCUCUGCAUGGUUCCGUUGACAUCAACAGUCGUGUCCUGACCAUGGCCACCAACUUACUCAAGUCGAGCGGUCAGUCUGAGUUGAGGGUUUCGAGUACUCAAAUCCAGGUCGCCUGGAUUCUCAUCGGUGGUUUGAUGUCGCUCGGACCGAACUUUGUCAAGAUUCACCUUUCUCAGUUGCUCCUUCUGUGGAAGAAUGCGCUUCCAAAGCCAUUGUCUAAAGACAACACGGCGCACCGGAGUUUCUUAGAAGCCUCAUUCUUAACACACGUCCGAGAGUGUGCUUUGGGGUCUAUUCUCUCGUUCCUGCAAUUCAACAAUCGCUUGCUGACAGUCGAUGUCUCCAAGCGUAUAGCAACGAUGCUCCAAAACACGUCCGCAUUCUUGAGAACGCUGCCUGCGAGAAAGACUACUGACGAUGUGGCGCAGAGGCUGACACCGGCAUUGCAGCUUCACGAUCUUGAUAUGAUGGUGCAGCGUCGGGUUUUGCAAUGCUACAUCAAGCUGGUCAACCUUAGCCCGGCUGGUGGCAGCGAGGCCCUUUUGCAAUCCAACCUCCUCACAAUCGCGAUAUCGCUGUUCGCGGACCCCGAAAACUACUCGGUCAACUCUCUCAGUGCGUCAAUUGCCAAUGCCGCGGCCACGUUCGAGACUGUUUGGGAUGUCGGCGACAACUCUGGGUUCGGGAUCACAGGUCUCAUUUCCGGGUUCAAGAUCAAGAGCCUGCCAGGCCAGCAGGACAACUCAAUAGAGGGAACGCCCCUGGAACAGGAUACCCCAGAGGAGGCCAUUGACAGAUUGUUGUUGUCGCCAGUUUGCGGCACUUUAGAACAUGACGCAUCUCUGUUGUACGUCGGGGACAUUGCCUCGGAGACGAAUCCAGACCCACCAGCUACGGAGGUCAUCAACAUGGCUAUUCAGCUGUUCGCAUUCGUGUUCCCGCUCACGCCCCCCAAGGUACAAGAAAGCGUUCUUGAGCAGGUUAGAACCUUCAUGUCAGCUGGACCCCUUCUGAGAGAUCCGGGAAGGAAGGCGGCUAUGAAUGUCAAUGUCUCAGUUGCCAUCUUGUCGACGUUGCGCGUGGCGGCGAAGGAGACUCAAUCUUCGCCUGGAAAUGUCACCAAUUUGGCCGUGGAGAGGCUCCUACAGGACAUGCUGCGGGAUUUCGUCAUUGAUGGGGACCAGUAUGUCCGGAGCGUUGGGUAUGCCGCGGUUGCUAGGCUUUGCAAUGCCUGCGGUAACGCCUUCACCAACCACGAAAUCAAGUACCUUGUCGACACCAUCGUCAGUAACCGAGAGCCCAGCGCUCGAGCUGGCUGCGCCAUGGCACUCGGAUCCAUUCAAACCAAGGUCGGUGGCAUGGCGGCGGGCUACCACUUGAAGACUAUUCUCGGUAUUCUCAUGUCUCUCUGCAAUGAUCCUCAUCCCACCGUCCAUUUCUGGGCCUUGGAGGCGCUCGCACUGGCAUCGGAUGCGGCUGGACUAAGCUUUGCUGGAUACGUGCCUAGCACGCUCGGAAUGCUGGCGCAACUCUACGUCUCUGAUACGCACCACCCGGAAAUCUCGUCUGCUAUUACGAUGAACCUCGAAAUGGAACUCUCCACCCCUGCAGCCAUCACACGAUGCGUAGACUCUCUCAUCAAUGUUCUGGGUCCAGAUCUGCAAGAUUCGACCAAAUCCAGAGAGCUUAUCCUUAACCUGGUCAACCAACUUCAGGAGGAGGAUGACUUGCUGGUGCAGCGUGCCACUCUGAGUUGUUUCGAGCACCUGUCACUUUACGCGCCUGGCUACAUGCAUUUUGAGGACUACGUCAAGUUACUUCAGAAGUACCUCAGAUCGGAGUACCCGAUCUUGCGCGACGUCGCCGUCGAUGGCUUGUACAACAUCAUGAAGAGAAACCCCAGUGAUGUGAUCAACGCUGCUGAGAAGGGUUUCGAAGAUCACCUAUGGCUGGUUCUCGAUACCGCGCCAACACAUGAUGGUAUCAGAAACAUCCUGAGGAAUUGGAUGCGACAGACUUGUCUGGCUGAUACCGGCCUCUGGCUGCAAAGAUUCCAGACAGUGCUCAAGAUGACUAGGGCCAAGGCCAAGGAAGAGUCUGACGUCGGGCCUAAAAAGACGGGCGGAUUGCCGGAUCUACAAGACGAAGAAGUGGCUGGCUUUGCAGGCACCGCGAAGGAUGAUCAAGAUAACAAGGCCGGGGCUGAAGUCGAGCCUCUCCGAUGGCAAGUUACGACGUUUGCCAUCAGUUGCAUCAACGACAUGUUUGUCCUCAUUGCGAAGGACGUGAUGACGAACGGCGAGUCCGCUGCGCAGGUAGCGCUCCAGAAUAGGAUUGGUGAUGUAGUCCGCAUGGCCUUCUCCGCGUCCACGUCUAGCGUCCUGGAGCUACGCGUAUGGGGUCUCAAGAUUAUCGGAGCAGUCCUCAAGAUGUUUGGAAGGACGCCUGACCCUGACUUUGAUGAGGCCAUGCUUCUCGAGCAGUACCAGGCCCAAAUCAGUUCCGCGCUCACGCCUGCCUUCGCCGCGGACUCGUCUCCUGAGCUCGCUUCUGAGGCUGUCAACGUCUGUGCCGGCUUCAUCGCCACCGGCAUCGUUACGGAUGUUGAUAGAAUGGGUCGCAUCCUCAAGACUCUGGUUUCUGCUCUGGAGAAUUUCUCCAAGGAGAACGAGAAUGCCGGCAUUGGCGAGCUGAAGGGCCUCAGCUCCAAUGCGCAAGUUAUGGUCAAGAUGUCCGUCUUCUCGGCCUGGGCAGAGCUACAGGUGGCCAGCUCGGAGCAGAAGUACCUGCUCGAUGUGCUGAAGCCUCACAUUGGAACAUUGACGCCGCUGUGGCUGGAGUCGCUGCGGGAGUUUGCCCGCUUGCGCUUCGAGCCUGACAUCUCAAUGACACUUGGACCCCCUUCAUUAUCUGGCAGUCUCGACACUAUUUACGCAGCCCUGAACAGAGAGACCCUGCUCAAGUUCUAUCAAGAGUCCUGGCUCAAGCUUGUCGACGCUAUUGCGAGCUUGAUCGAACAAGACAGCGAGUUUGUGUUUGAUGCUCUCGAUGGAAAGGAGUCUGAGGGGCUGAGCACGAACGGUCACACCAAGGGACCCGACAUCAACUACCGCGACGAGCCUGUCGCAUUCUUCUUCGUCCUGUUCGGAAUCGCAUUCGAGGCUCUAGCUACGCGACCUGGUCAAAGUGACUCGUUGGCCACCCAAGAGCAGAACCUGGCCAUUCUUCAGGCCCUCAAGAAGAUCCUCCACCCGAGUGUAUCCGGUCAUGCAAUUUACAGAGAAGCAAUCUUCUCGGAGACUAUGGAUCUGCUUGAUAGACUGGUGUUGACAGAAGGACUCGACGUGCAAGGCGUCAUUGUAGAGAUUGCAAGGGCACUCUGCGUUUCACACCCCUCAGCACGCAAGAAGGACUCUGGCGAUGACGGUGAUCUAUCAGACGACAUUGACCAGCUUUUCGAGCUCACACGCAUCAUCGUCCUGGUCCUAGCUGGCCUGCUCCCCAACCUCACAGAGGCAAACCAGCCCGGCCGCCACCAGAUGACUGAGGAAGCCGUGCUUCUCAUCCGCUCAUCCCUAAAUGCGCUCGUUGAUGCUGCCGAGGUCUUCCCCUCCAUCAUCAAGACCGAUCUUCAUGCCUGCAUCAUUCACAUCCUGGCUACCAUCCUUGCAACUCCUGGAUGUCAGGAGGUCAUCGUUCCGCAGUCGCUACCCACCCUCAAGCGCUUCGUCGCGAGCAUGACGAAAUCCCGCAGGGCGAGCAGCAGCGAGGACGGCAGCGGCCCAUCACCUACGGAUGUUCAGCUACAGGGUUGUCUGCGCCGAUUCCUUUCGAUUUACCUUAACGCGCAGAAGCGAGAGGUGCCAACAUCUCUCACCUGUGUCAAGAAUUGUCUACUCGCGAGCACCAUCCUAUUUACGGGCGGCACGAACCACCUGGCGGCAAACGAUGCUCUUGUAGCAAGAUACCUUGAUGAGGUGGUCGACUGCCUGACGGAUCGCAUGACGGCCAAGAUCGCUGCCAACUGUAUCAGGUCGCUACUUCUGCAGGGCAACCCUACACCGGCAGACCACACCAUUGCGCGCUACCUCCUCCCGCGCCUCGUCGCAUUUGUGACCAACACGGCGCCAGAGGACCCGGAGAACGCCCGCUCCAUGAUUGCGCACUCGCUGAGCCAGUACGUCGGCGUGGUACCCCGGGAUCGCGUCCCCGUCGCCAUGGCGCUCGUCCUGUCGACCUGCCUCGCGCGUGCCUCCUCGGAGGGCGAAGACUGCUACAGGGACACGUCGGCACGGCUGCUGGAGCUGGCGGCCAUUGACCAGAACGCGUUCCGCACCGUCGUGGCGAGCAUGAGCGACGGGCAAAAGGCCUUCUUGGAGGAGGUCAUUCGGUGGGGACGGCAGCAGGGGCCUACGGAACAGACCGCGAGCGGGGCGACGGGUCAGCCGAGCAUCGCGUUGAAGAUGGACUUUGGAGGGUGAUAUGUGAUCAAGUUUUUAUGGUUACUUUUUGUCGUUUACCCCAUCCUGGGUCUCUGACGAGGAGAAGUAGCAGAGGUAUACGUAGUAAGAGGAGGAACACUGGAGGUAAAUGCGGCGUUGGGAGGGUGGUAGCAUUGGGGAGGGAAGAUGGCAUUAGACAGAUGCGACUUGCUGUCCGGUACACUUCCCUGCAGGAAGCCUAGGGCAAAAGAGAAGGAGAGG